UCUUUGAAAUCUUUUCUUACGCCCGGUUCCAAGAUGGCGUUCAUGGCCACGCUGGGAAUGCAGGGUGAAGCCGCAGUUCUGCCAUCACUCAAGAUGGCUGCCCCCAUCAAGAUGACCGGGGUGUGCCGGGGGGAAAGGGGCAGCAUGAUGGUCUGAGAAGGCCAACCCAGGCUCCUCCCAUGUCCUCUGGAAUGAAAUGGGGAACACACUGGGCCUAGCACCAAUGGGUGCUUUGCCCCGCCGGAGCCCCCGUCGAGAGGAACCUCUUCCCAACCCUGGGAGCUUCGAUGAGCUGCACCGGCUAUGCAAAGAUGUAUUCCCAGCACAGAUGGAGGGAGUGAAGCUCGUUGUCAACAAGGUUCUGAGCAGCCAUUUCCAGGUGGCUCACACUGUGCACAUGAGUGCUCUGGGCUUGCCUGGCUACCACCUCCAUGCAGCCUAUGCAGGGGAUUGGCAACUUAGCCCCACUGAGGUGUUCCCCACUGUGGUAGGGGAUAUGGACAGCAGUGGUAGCCUCAAUGCCCAGGUCCUGCUCCUCCUGGCAGAGCGGCUCCGAGCCAAGGCUGUCUUCCAGACACAGCAGGCCAAAUUCCUGACAUGGCAGUUUGAUGGCGAGUAUCGGGGAGAUGACUACACAGCCACUCUGACCCUGGGAAAUCCUGACCUGAUCGGGGAAUCGGUGAUCAUGGUUGCUCACUUCCUGCAGAGCCUCACUCAUCGACUGGUGCUAGGAGGAGAGCUAGUUUAUCACCGGCGGCCAGGCGAAGAGGGGGCCAUCUUGACACUGGCUGGGAAGUACUCGGCUGUACACUGGGUAGCUACAUUGAAUGUGGGAUCAGGUGGGGCCCAUGCAAGUUAUUACCACAGGGCAAAUGAACAGGUUCAGGUUGGAGUGGAGUUUGAGGCAAAUACAAGGCUACAAGACACAACCUUCUCCUUUGGUUACCACCUGACUCUGCCCCAGGCCAACAUGGUGUUUAGAGGCUUGGUGGAUAGUAACUGGUGUGUGGGUGCUGUGCUGGAGAAGAAGAUGCCCCCCCUGCCUGUCACCCUAGCCCUUGGAGCCUUCCUUAAUCACUGGCGCAACAGAUUCCAUUGUGGCUUCAGCAUCACUGUGGGCUGAGGUUGUCCCAGAGCCAGCCCGCACAGCAGCUGGAACCUCUGAGUCAGGUGCCCUAGGGCCAGAGACUAGGCCCUUCCCCAGAGCCCACCUUGCUGGGUGAUCUCUAGGGCCCAGGAGCCAGAGUGGGGACAGGACCAUGCCCUCCUCAGAACUGGAGCUGCCACAGGGGCAGCUGCUGAGGCAGUGGUUUGAGGCUCCCCACUCUGUCAUCAGCCCCAGAAUCAUCUUCCCAUGCUCUUGUGGCUCUGGACUAAGGGAGAAGGAUUAAGGGGUAUGUCUGGCUGAUUUUCCUCUCCUCACUCCCAUUUCCUUCAUUUCCCUGUGGAUUAAAGCUCCUAGCCUCUUCCUCUUCAGAGCAGAAAAAUCUGCAUGGGAUUAGCUCCCCAUCCUCUUUUCCAUCCCAGAGUCUCCCAAGGCUGGGAAGGAAGGGCUGAAGGGCUAAAUCUUUGGCCUCAGAAAGUGGGGCUCACCUAUUCCCAGAAGCAGCUUCUUUACCUCUUAGCCCUGGGGCUUCCUCUUUCCCCAUCUUCUGUGCUUCCAGAGAACAACUUUGUCCCCAUGGCGACCCCUCACUGUCCCCAUUACUGCAUGAAGAGGCAGUUAUUGCUUUAAUCUUUCAUUGCAACCAGGGGGCUCCAUUUCUACUGGCCCCAACCUAUGGUUCCAGCGUUUUCCCCUUUCCAGUCCAAUGUGUCCAGGUGGGCUGGGAAAGGAGGUGGACUGGGCCUUAGCUGCAGAUCUCCUGGAGCAGUGGCAUCAUGGUGGACAGUCCCUGGAUGUGCUGGAUUUGGUACCCAUAUGCAUUGUUAAUGCUCCGGAGCUCAGCCAACAGGCCCAGCAGCUUCGCAUAUAGAAACCUGGGAAGAAGUAGUGGGGUCACCAGGGAAAGAGGAGGGAAAUAAAGCAGCUGAGAGUCUUGUCCUGAGCCCUGAUUCCCUGAACCACCCCUCAGUGAAGCUAGGUCUGAACACUAGAAAAUAUGCUCUGGUGUGACAAAUGUACCAAAAGUUCCAAAGGUCCCCAAGGGGGCCUCUGACACUGACUCCUUUCACUAUGCCAUUUUUCUUGAACCCAGAGCUCUGAGCCCCAAGUGUGAAGAAAACCCCAGACUUGGCCAGAUUUUCAACUGUGUGGCAUCUGAGGAUCUGGCCUUCCAGAGCAGGUUCCAGAAGGUGGAUGUGUUCUGUGGUAUAAAGCAUCCCUUUUCUGGCCGAGUGGGCUCAUUGAGGAAUAAGCAAGAAUAGAAGUGGAGCAUACCUUAGAGCCUGGAUAGAUCAUGGACUGUGAUACAGGGACUGGCUUUGGCCAUGAAAUUGAAUGACCAUAAGUUCAAGGGGAAUGAAAAAUUAAAGGAAUUGGACCAAUGGAGAGGAGGGGAAGGGCCAAGGAAAGAGAGUGAACAAAACUGUUGAAAGGCUGCUCUAGUCUGGAGAAGUUGCUUGGUGAGGUGAUGGAUGUCAUCAAUCUCAGGAAUGCUAUUAUACAGAGCCUAUGAGCUACUACCUUGCAUCUCUACUGAAUAAAAAAAUAUGGAAAAAGUGAGAUGAAAUAGCA